AAGAGAUAACCGUUAUCUGAAACAAACUUUGUAACAUAUAAACAGGUAGUCUUCAAUUUGUUUAGUUGUGGUGAAAACAGUGCUCGGAAAAGACGUUAUAAUGGCCCCUCAAAUCAAAUAUACAAAGUUGUUUAUUGACAAUGAGUGGGUGGAUUCAAAGAGCGGGAAAACAUUUGAGACCCGCUCCCCGCACGAUGGCUCUGUCAUCGCUACGGUUGCUGAAGGUGACAAAGCAGAUAUAGACGAAGCAGUAAAGGCAGCUCGUCGUGCUUUCCACCGCAACUCAGAAUGGCGGCUCAUGGAUGCUUCCCAGAGAGGCCGCAUCCUGACCAAAUUCGCAGACCUGGUUGAUAGAGAUGUAGAAUACCUGACCAAACUGGAGUCUUACGAUAACGGAAUGGUGAUAAGCAUAGCGCAGAGGUUUGUUGGUGGUGUGACAAAAUUCAUAAGGUACAUCGCCAGCUUGGCAGACAAAAUUCAAGGCGACACCAUACCAGUUGAUGGUGAUGCCUUCUCAUACACAUUGAAGCAGCCAGUCGGCGUGUGCGGUCUCAUCUUACCCUGGAAUGUGCCCAUCCUGAUGUUCGUCAACAAGGUGGUUACCGCAUUGGCAACAGGUUGCACCGUGGUCGUAAAGCCGGCAGAGCAAACCCCGCUGACAGCGCUGGCCCUAGCGGCUCUGCUGAAGGAGGCGGGAGUGCCGAAGGGCGUCGUGAAUAUCGUCAAUGGCUACGGAGAGACCGCUGGAGUGGCGCUUACGCAUCAUCCACAUGUCGCUAAAAUCUCCUUUACAGGCUCAGCAGAGGUCGGGAAGCUUAUUCAACAAGCAGCCGGUUCUAGAAACCUAAAACGAGUGACCUUAGAACUCGGAGGCAAGAGUCCUCUUAUCAUUAUGGAUGAUGCCGAUUUAAACAUCGCGGUACCAUUUGCGGCGAACGGAGUGUUCGCCCAUCAAGGUCAGAUUUGUAUCGCCGCAUCGCGUUUGUACGUCCAGUCGAAUAUAUACGACAAGUUCGUAGAAGCAGCAGUGAACUUCGCAAAAGGAAUUAAAGUCGGCGAUCCGAACGACCCGACUGUACAUCAAGGUCCUCAGGUGGAAGAAGAGAUGAUGAACAAGGUACUUAGAUAUAUCGAACAAGGCAAGAAAGAGGGCGCAAAAUUAUUAACCGGAGGAAAAAGAAUUGGUAACAGGGGCUAUUACAUCGAGCCCACCGUGUUUGCUGAUGUCGAUGAUGAAAUGACCAUAGCGAAGGAAGAGAUCUUUGGACCUGUCCAAAGCAUCCUGAAGUUUGACACCCUGGAAGAGGUCAUCGACCGCGCCAACGACACCAACUACGGCCUGGCAGCCGGCAUCUUCACCACCAACGUCAACACAGCGCUUCAGUUCUCCAAACACGUUGAAGCUGGUGUAGUAUGGGUAAAUACAUAUUUGUAUACGGGAGCACAAUUGCCAUUUGGUGGCUUCAAGGAUUCCGGCCUAGGACGUGAAAAUGGCAUGAACUGCGUGGAUCCCUACUUAGAGGUGAAGACAGUCACUGUGGCAUUGCCGAAGAAAUUAUAGAGAAAUGAACUUGAUUGGCAUUGAAUUUCUUAAUAAAAACCGUGUUACUUGAA